CGUCCACAAUUUUCUUUAAAGUAUCCUGUUCUCCACGAUGUUCUCCAGAUCAGCGUUGUUUUUUGGGGGCAAAAAAAAACAACCAAAAAAAACCUACAUCAACUCACAUUCGUUACCGUACAGGCCUAGUUGACUGCUGAUCCGCCGAUCGCGAACACUUUCAACGUUACACUCCUUUCAAUUAUUAACCAGCACACCCAUUCACUCAUUAUGCUGUCUCAUCGCAUCUCCUGGCUCGCUGCCACUCUGCUGGCCUCGUGCUCUCAGCUCGCACGCGCCCAGCUGCCUGCCGAGGCCCUCGAGCUUGACCUCGUCUUCCCUCGUGAUGAUGGGAAGUACGGCGAAACCGCCAACGGCUAUCCCGUGCUUCUCAACGUCCAGAACCCCGACGUCGCCUACAAGUACGGCUACAACUUCGUCUGGGACAUCUAUUCGAGGAACAAAAACUCGUACAUGCGCACCGCCGCCCACGGCAUCAUGGGCGCCUCCAUCGGAAACGAGAGCACUUUCGGCAACGGGCCCCAUCUCGAGGUCGGAAGAACCGGCCACCUGGCUCCUGGCGACUACACCUUUGCCUGGGUCUUUGGCAUGGGCGCCCAAUGCGAGUUCACCGAGCAGCCCGCCUACAGCGAGUACAACCUGAACCCUCGCAUCGCCAACGGCAGCUUCGACUUCGUCGUUGAGAGCGACGGAAAGGAGCCGACCUUUACAAAGACCUGCCCGACCGCCAUCGGCAGCAUGAGCUACGCUUCCACAACGACGUACAACUCCGAGGCCACCAGCGUCUGCGCCGUCACCGCAUCCGUCACUCACGACGCGCAGCCUUGUUCUGCCACCGUCAGCGACGACCAAGCGACCAGCGUCUACAGCGCCCUGGGGUACGCCGCCGCUACCGGGUCGUCCAAGGGAGCCGCUUCCCACAACUCCCGACAGCCUGCGUCUCCAAUUGCGCUCUUUGCUGGCCUUCUUGCAGCAGUGGCGAUUCUGGCAUAAA